UGCACUCAGCAGCUCGUGCCUUCUUGCUGACAGAUGUUUGAAGAAGGGGAUAAUAGUUCAUGAUGUGGCUUGGGCAACAUCGACGGCAAGAUGGAUUCUAAGAUGGUGACGCAGUUGCCAGCACCACCAUCAUUGGAUCCAGAACAACAUCUUCAAGACGGAUGAAUGAUAUGGUACCACACUGCAAGGUCUGCUCAUUACCACUCUACCAGAAUGACUGCGAUGGCCGAUGAAGCCAUGGAUAUGGAUGUCGAGAAUCAAUAUACUGAUUACAAUUUUACAGGAAAUGUGAUCAAUUAUAAUUUCCAAAAUACUUCGAACAGGAGACUGUACAUCCCAAGGAGGAUGUACCAACCUGAUCCAAUGAUUAUUGGAAUUUACAAAUUCAGCUUCUACUGCUAUCCUGUCAUAUUGUCAGUUGGAUCUCUUGGGAACAUCUUGGCUUAUCUGGUAUUUACACGCACCCGCCUGAAGAAAGUUUCGUCUAUCCAAUACCUGGCUGCAAUGACUGUGACGGACACUGGGUUCCUGUGGACGUUUUUCCUCACACCUUUAUACGGAUAUUACAGAGUGCCUAUCAUCGUCCAAGACGGACUGUGCCAAUUCAUGACUUUCUUGAAUUACGUUUUCACUUUCCUGUCGAUAUGGUACCUGGCUGCUAUGGUUGUGGAGAAGUUCAUUGGUGUGUAUUGGCCUUUGAAAAAAUCAUCCAUGUGUACUCCUUUUCGAGCAAAGCUCGUCAUGUUUUUCAUGUCGGUCAUCGCUGUGGCCUGUUAUUCAUACGUUGUAUAUUUCUUUGGACCAGAUAAAUUUCAAAAUGUGCUACGCUGCAUGCCUUGGAAGGAAUUACGAUUUCAUUUUCAUAAUUUGAGCAAAAUUGAUACUUUCGUGGUCGCAAUAUUGCCCUAUAGUGUCAUUAUUUUACUAACAAUAUUGAUUGCCAUAAGAGGUUGCGAAUACUACCGGAUAUCCGCUUCGGUUGAACUCUGGACAGGAUCACAUGGGAGCAGAGUACCGUCUUCACAAUCAUCAGUCCGCGUUACCAACAUUCUAUUUCCUGUCAUCAUUUUGACAGUGCUCGGAAAUUUCCCUGUAAUGAUUCUGCGAACAGCAAUGACAUUAAACGGUGUGAGAAAUCCUACAUUAGCUAAAUGGAAUCAUCUAUUUUAUGUAUUCUAUAUCCUAAACUUUGGAAUCAAAUGUUUUGUUUAUUUGGUUUUCUCGGGAAGUUUCCGUCGAAGAACUAGAGAAUUGUUAAGAUCUGGUUUCAACAAAAUGAAGGAUGCUUGUAACAGGAAGCAUUCAGUAAACGAGGCAGAUCCUCAGAGAAUCUAUCUUGAUUCUAUGUCAAGAGGGGCCAUCAUGCGAUCCCGGUUAAUGCAGUCAGAUAUUUAAGGAGAACUAUAUUAAUAUCACAUUUGUCCCAAAUAUUUUUUUAACAGAAACAUAUGGCUGGUCACCUAACACCAUGCAGGGAUUCAGCAAUAUUCAGCCAAGUGUACAUAUGAAUUAUCACAUAUUCAUGAUAAAACGAACACAUUCUAUGUCGUUACAUGUCCAUAUACGAUUCUCGCUGUUGCCUUAUGUCAUAUCUUCAUCUCCUCCCCUCAGAGAAGGCAAUAGUCUAACCAUACCUAUUAAAUCAAUGUUUUACCAUUAUUUUACCAUUAUUUUGGAUAUUGUUUGAUUCUGAUUGGUUACUCAGAGACUAAUCAGAGUCAGAAGACCGUAUCGCCGCGGAAUAAUUAAUAGAAUAUGAAUAGAAAAGAUCUUUUUCAAUCAUCGUUGCUGCAUACUUUGAAUGUCUGGCAUAUUUGCAAGUAAAUUAUAAUUGCUUUAAAACCGAUCACUUUCUUAUGUCUGAGUAUUUACAGCGCCAUACUUUGUUUCAAGCCUAUUAUUCUUUCAUUCAUAUAGAGAACCCACAUGCCGCGUCACGCAAUAUAUUCAUGUUUAGUUUUGUCAUGGUAGAAUGGCGCGUUUGAUUCUACAGAUAAGCUAGCUUUCAAUUGAAGCAACAGUGCAUUUAUUACCUUAGUACGUAUAUAUCAUAUGUUUAUUCAAGGACACAUUGACAUCAUCAGUAGUUACCCAACUGUAUGGAUGAGAAGUGCCAUGAGAAGGACAAGUGAUGAUGCUAUGUUGCUUCAUAUAUGGCUGCAAAUAUUCAUUAAAACAGACUUUUUAAUAAAUGCUUUGAAUAUCCCAAAACGUCGGUACUGUAU